CUGUCCGACGCACAGUAUUCAGCAUCGUCUUCAUAGGACGGCACGUCGCGCGAUAUCUUUCGCGUACGUGCGAAUAUUUUUCAGCGAAGGAAAAUAAGAAAGGAAGGAAGGAAGGAAGGAAGAAGGAAAGAGAAGAAAAGUAAAGUAAAGAAAAGAAAAGAAAAGAAAAGAAAAGGAAAGAAUUGAAAAGGAGAGACAGAAGGACUAACAAAACGAACUAACGAAGAGGAAGAAUAAAAAGAAAUAGAAAGAGAGAGAGAGAGAGAGAAAGAGAGAGAGAGAGAGAGAGAGAGAGACAGGUCGCCAUCUUUACGGAAGCAUUUAUCCUCGAAGCAACAAUUCACUUGUCGUGGAUAAUAUUACGGGAUAAUAUUGGCUCUAUCUCUUUUCGUCCUUCUGUCUGUCCGUCCGUCUGUCUGUCCGUUCGUCCGACAAUCGUGCGUUCGAAUAGUUUGGAGUGAUCGAUCGGUCGCGUGUAACACGGUGAACGCACAUACGAGCUUUCGUUUGGAGUUUCGUAUGAAAGGAAAGGAAAGGAAAGGAAGGAAGAGACUUGGAGACAACACAGAUUUAUCCGAUUGGCGAAAUUGAAAACCGAAGGUUUCGUUAAAUCGAUUCGCGUGACUUCCCAUCUCUCCGUGUGUUACACUCUUCGGUGAGUGAGCAAGUAAGUGAGUGAGUGAUUGAGUGAGAGUGAGCGAGCAAGUGUGGCAAAGUGGUAUUGUAGUUAUUACUACUACUACUGCUACUACUAUUACUACUCUUACUGUAAUUCGAAAGAGAGACCGGAAAAGAGAAAGCAAUAUACGAUACACGUAUACAUGCAGUUUGUUGGCAGCGCGAACGCUUUUUGGCGUUCGAUUGGAUCAUUAAAUAUUUUUGGAAGAGAGGUGUAGAGAGAGAGAGAGAGAGAGAGAGAGAGAGAGAGAGAGAGAGAGAAAAGAAAACAAAAGAAGAAGACGAAGUAAAUAAGUAGAAAAGGAAGAUAGAAGUUUCAAAUCAUAGAGGGAGAUAAUAAUAGUAAGAGAGAAGUAUAUCGAAGGGUGUCGUUGGAUAUUCGUGAUCGAAAGAAGACGCGACGAGGAGUACCCGGGUGCUGGUGCUGCUACUGCUGCGGUGGUGGUGGUGGCACGAACGACGAUGAAGAUGGCGCGAGGCGCGGAGGAGGAUCUGUGCUGACCCAUUUUUUCGCGCGAACAACUUGCCGUUUGUCUGCCGUCCAAAGCGGAGUCCUUGCAUUUCUUCUAUCAAGGAAGAAAGGGAUCUCGGCGUCUGUCAAAUCGGUGACGCCCAUUGAUGGUGGUGUCGAGGGUGACGGCAGUGGCGGUGGUGGUUGUUGUAUAAUAGUAGUAGAAGUAGUAGAAGUAGUAGAAGUAGUGGUAGUAGUACUACUACUAAUAAUAGUAAUAGUAGUAAUAACAGACGAAAAGGGAAGAAGAGGAAGAAGAGGAGGAGGAGGAGGAGGAGGAGAGGGAGGAGGAGGAGGAGAAAAAAAAGAAGAAGUAGAAAGAGUUUGGAGGAGCGAACGAAAUAGUGGCGGAGGAGAAGAAGGCGGGACGGAAGGAGGAAAGAAAAGAAGAGGAAGAGGAGGAAACUUUAGAGAGAAGGAAGAGGAGGAGGAGGAGGAGGAGGAGGAGAAGGUGGAGGAGGAGGAGAAGGAGACUCUCUCGGUGCAGCGAUUCCGGUGACACGGUGGUUGCUGGUGGUUGAUGGUUCGUGCUCGUGGCUCGUGCUAGUACUGUCUAGCAGAAAUAGGGAUAUAUAGAGAAGAGUAAUCAAGAUAAAGAAAGGAAAGGAAGGGAAAGGGAAUUAAUCGAAUGGAAUUCGAUUAACAAGUAUAUAAUUGUAAUUGAAGAUUUUAACGGUGAUAGUAAAAAUUCACGCUCGAUCGAAGACCGAAGGAUAAAGAUAGCGGUAAUACUUAGAUUGGUGGGUCUUGGUGUUUCUCGGUGAAAAUCGAGUUUCGAAGCGUGCCGUAGAAGUGUAAAACGCGGUGCGUGCGUGCGUGCGUGCGUUCGUUCGUUCGUUCGUUCGUUCGUUCGUUCGCUCGCUCGCCCGCUCGCGUGUACGUACGUGCGUGCGUGCGUGCGUGCGUGCGUGCGCAUGUGGAGGAGGAAGAUUCGUUCGCGAGUAACGACGAGUAACGGCGGCGGCGGCGGCGGCGGAAGAAGCGGUGGUGGUAGUGGUGGUGUUGGUGGUGGUGGUGGUGGUGGUGGUGGUGGUGGUGGUGGUGGAGGCGGCGGCGGCGGCGGCGGUGGUGGUGGAGAGUCGGCGGCCUCGUGAAGGCUGGAAGAAAGUUUUUGGUUCUCUCUCGAGGAAGAGAGGGAGAGAGAGAGAGGUAGGAUCUAAAGGGUGAAAAAAGAGAGAGAAAAAUAUAGAGACGAAGAAAGCGAGAAGAAGGAGAGGAGAAGAGGAGGAGAAGGAGGAGUGAAUCCAAAUCGCGAGGAGGUGGUCGACGGGCCCCUGAGAAGAGAAAAGGAAGAGAGAAGGAGGAGGAGGA